ACAAACACGUCUUCAUAUACAGAAUCUGUUUUCUUUGUUGAUUUUUAAAUUGGAAGGUAAAUGAAAACAGUAAACAAUGUUUUUCUAUUUUUUUAAAUAAAUGUUUUAUUGUUUCGAUAGUAUAAAUGAAAACACAGGUGCCAUAAUUUGAUAUAUCAUAUAAAUACAAUAUUCACAAAGAAAAUCAAACAAACAAUCAACACUUUUGACAGUAACGACAGUAACGGGAGUUCGUUCGAAUCAAAUUGGAGUGGGUCAUCAUUAGAAUACAGCGGCAGUUGGCAGUGCAUCUAAACAACGAUUAUAUUUGCAAAUAUGUCUUUCUCAUCUCACUGUCUAUAGUUUCAAGGGCUUUCCGUUGUCAAUUAAACCAAAAUAUUAGGGGCUGACCCUUAAUUGUGACAUGGGAUUGACUAAUGGACAGAUUGAACUAAUAUCAACAAUGGCAAAUUUCGUCGACGAUCUGGAGAAUUGGAUGACAAAACUGCCCGAAGGGGUUAGAUCAACACCAAUAAAAUAUUUAGCGAUACCAGGAAGUCAUGACUCAAUGUCCUACGGUAUUUCCAAAGGAAGGCCAUCUGUUGCUCCUGAUGCCACACCUAUAAUUGAUAGAUUAUACAAAGUAAUACCGUGUGUAGUUAGACGGUGGGCUAUGACACAAAAAUUAACCACAACCCAGCAAUUAAAUUGUGGAAUCAGAUAUUUUGAUCUACGAAUCUGUCUCAAUAGUAAAGACAAUUUUUUUUAUUUUGUUCAUGGUUUGUAUUGUGAGGAAAUAAAUAAGCCAUUAGCAGAAAUCCAACAAUUCCUUGAGAGUCACCGUGGUGAAUUUGUUGUACUAGAUUGUCAACAUUUUUACAAUUUUUCCGACAAUGAUUUUGACAUUUUGGAGAAGCAACUGAUUACAAGUUUAACUCCGUGGCCAAAUCAAAUUAAAAUAUCUAAACUACAAAAAUACCUGGAAACUUCUUUGGAAAAUCGAUCGCCAGAGUGUGGAUUUGUAACUCAAUGUGUUGUGACACCUCCAGUUGACUUCAUAGUACCAAGAUUUUUUAUGUCUCUUCGUCGUGCAUGUGCAGAAAAAGUUCGCAAAGGUUUAUUUGCUUGGAUUAAAACGCAGAAACCAGGAAAAUUUGAACGGGACGAAAAACCAACUUCGAACGUUUUUAUAGCAGAUUUUGUUGAUCUAAAUAAUAAUGAAUUUUGCAAAAUUGUGGUAGGUCUUAAUGAACAGUUGUUGAUUUCGGCAAUUUAAUGUUUCUCUUGUGAUUUAAUAAUGGAUGUAAAAAAAUUGUAAUCAUCAAUAUUAGUUUAUUAUGAUACCGCGGAAUAUUGCCAGCGUUAUACACUCGUGCAUAUUACACAAAACACGAUUGCCACGAGUGUCUGUGUAUGUAAUAUAAAAGAGAAUAUUAUGCGUGCAGUAUUCUCCACUAUCAUAAUAUACUAUUAUUGUAUUGGCGGAAACGACCAACUUAUAGAAAUAAUGUAGGCUUAUGAACUCUAGGUAAAUAAUAUUGACAUCAGGCAUAUCGCCAACUGUGUCAGAAUUAAUGUUCGGUAUAAUACUCUGAAAAACAGUGUUUAAUGUUGAUAUAUUCUUCUUCUUUCUUCUUUUUUAGCCUGUUUCUAUCCACUGCUGGAUGUAGGCCUCUCCAACUU